AUGCCCAGCUAUCUCAUUCGGGCGGAUUCUGAAGAGGCUGAAAGACAACGCUCGCGCGCCCUAGAUUACGAGAGAAGCGGCUCGCUCACCACCACCACCUCCCGAUGUUUCUCGCAUUCGCUAGACCCGGACGAGCAGAGUGACGAGGACGAGGACGACGACAACGACGAUGAGGAUGAUGACGGGGAGGAAUCGUCGACCAGGAGAGCAAAGAAGGAGAAGAAUGCGGACGCAUCCAGAGAGGGCGGCGGUGCUGCCGCAACUGCCGAUGCUGGCGGAGACUCGAAGCUAUUGAUCCAGUUCAACUACAUCGAUCGUGAAACUCAAACCUUGGAUACAUCGUUUACAUCGACACGCGAGACGAUGACCGUUCCGCCAAAGCGCGCCGGCUAUUCAGACAGUGUCACUCAGUGGGAGAUCUACGACAGGUGCAUCGAGGAACAAGCGCGCUUGGAAGCGGAGAAGAAGCGGAAAGCGGCUGCCAGUGCGCGCCAGCCGGCAGGCGGAGCGCAGGCGCAGGCAGCGGCGGAACCUGAGCCACUACCGGACGAGCCAGACGAGCUUGAGAUCACGAUCAAGCUGGAGAACCUGGAGCCCAGCGGUGGUUCAGGAGGCAAGAAGAAGAAGACAGGUGGCAUAGGGGGCAAGGGUGGUGAUGAUGAUGCAAGGUGGCCAAGGUCAUGGAGCGCAUGGUCACGCAGAACGGCGUGCGCGAUCGCAUUCACGACAUGGUGUACUUUGACGAUCCGCGUGACGGCACGUCAGGCUACAAGAAGGCCGGCACGCUCAGUGCUACACCUGUGGAGCGUGAAGGGUAACUACGGGUUCGGUAUAGCGGUGAAGUCGUUCUGCCUGUGCCCGCGCUACUCGGACAUGUUCGUCGCCACCUACUGCAGCGUGGACCUGAUUGACAAGGUGGGCGAGGGGUCGGUGUGCCUGCACACGCUGAAGAACCCGGCGUUCCCCGACCACGUGAUGGACAUGGCGAGCGGCGUGAUGAGCGUGGACGUGCACCCGAAGCAGUGCCACAUGCUGUGCAUCGGAAUGCUGGACGGACGCGUGGCCGUCCUGGACGCCCGUCGGCCCAGCGCCAACGCCAUACUGUGCGAGAGCCCUGUGCUAGAGCGGCACACGGACAUGGUGUGGCAGGUGCGAUGGCAGAAAGACGACCCGCAGCGCCGUCUCAACUUCUUCAGCGUGUCGUCCGACGGCUUCAUCGCUCAGUGGACGGUGACGAAGGACGCGCUCGCACGGCGCAACAUCACCCCCAUCAUGCAGCUGAAGGACAAGGCGAAAAUCCCCAUCAUCCCCGAGCCGUGGAUGGAGCCGGAGAAACAGCUGAACUUGGCGCGUGGAAGCUGCUUUGAUUUCAUCCCCACCCUGGACAACGUGUACCUGAUAGGAACCGAGGAGGGAAUCAUACACAAGUGCUCCACGCUUUACCAGCAGAACUACAUCCGCUUAUUCCAAGCGCACAACUUCACCAUCUACGCGGUGCGUUGGAACCCAUUCCAGCCGCGUGUGUUUGCGACGUGCGGAGUGGACUGUUGCGUGAAGAUCUGGGAUGAUGAGCGGCCAGAGACGCCGCUGUUUGUAUUCGACCUGGACGACCCCGUGAUUGACUUCUGCUGGGCAUCGUACUCGUCAACCGUGUUUGUAGCUGGCACAAUGAACGGAUAUGCCCAUGUGUACGACUUGGACAUUGACAAGUACAACCCGCUGUGCAAGCAGGACGUCAUACCGUACAGCAAGAAUCACCUCACCAAGGUGCACUUCGUCCCGUCGCAGAUGCUUCUCAUUAGGGACCUUUCGCAUUUGCUACGAAUCGAAUGCAAAACGAAAGUCCCUAUUGCCGGCGACGAUCAUGGCAACAUACACACGUACAAACUCUCACCCAACCUGCGCAGGGGCGUGCGCAAGACGUCACGCCAAAGCCAGUUGCGCAAGAUGAACGAAGUCAUCGCCUGGGUGUGGGAGCCAGCCGAUAUGGCCAGUGGUAACAAGAAGAAGAACAAGAAGGGUGGCAGAGGCGGCAAAGGUAAGGGUAAGAAGAAGGCGAAACACUAG